UACUGUUGACAGACUGGCGUUGAACCUCUCCCAACAACCAGGUAGACGUAAGGACGUCACACGUUAUUAGUUUAGAGUUAAAGUAAUGACAGUUAAACACGUCCUCCCUUCAUGCUUACUUUCAACAAAAAAGAAGUUAUGGAUAUUUGCGACGGGAAGAAAAGGAGAAAGGUAAGCGGCGGUGUGCGGGGCUGCAGGCGGAGCGUGGCCGGGAAGAUGAAGCGGGAGGCGGGUAAAAUCCUCCGCUCUCUCACGGUGGAGGACAACAAUCAUACGGAGCCCAUGGAGGAGGAGGAGGAGGAGGAGGAGGAGGAGGAGGAUGACUGCUUCUCUAUCAGCUUCCUCCGGAGCGACCGGCUGGAGCCCGCCAUGGUGAUGUCUCCGCGGUACAGUCUGCUGCGGGAGGUGGGCCGGGGUAGCUACGGGGUGGUGUAUGAGGCUAUAGCCCGGAAAACAGGGGCUCGGUUGGCGGUGAAGAGGCUACAAUGCGACGCUCCGGAAAAUGUAGAGCUAGCUCUGGCCGAGUUCUGGGCCUUGACAAGUCUGGAGAAUCGACACCAGAAUGUGGUCCAGCUGGAGGAGUGUGUCCUGCAGAGGAACGGCUUAGCCCAGAAGAUGAGCCAUGGGAACAAGAGAUCCAAACAAUACCUGGGUCUGGUGGAGAUGUCACUCAAAGGGGAGCGCAUCCUGGGUUACCCAGCAGAGCCAUGCUACCUCUGGUUCGUCAUGGAGUUUUGUGAGGGUGGAGAUCUCAAUCAGUACAUAUUGUCUCGUCGGCCUGACCGCCAAACCAACAGAAGCUUUAUGCGCCAGAUGACGAGCGCGGUGGCUUUCCUGCACAAGAACAACAUUGUCCAUCGUGAUCUGAAGCCAGACAACAUACUCAUCUCACAGAAAUCUGGUUCACCUGUUCUGAAAGUUGCUGACUUUGGACUCAGUAAAGUUUGUGCUGGCCUGAACUCCAAGAAUAGUGAAGAAUACCCUGCAGCAGGAGCAGGAAGCAAGGACAGCAACCAGAACAACAUGGGCAACAUAAACAAGUUUUGGUUGUCGUCAGCUUGCGGUUCAGACUUCUACAUGGCCCCCGAGGUUUGGGAGGGCCACUACACAGCUAAGGCUGAUAUAUUCGCUCUGGGCAUCAUCAUAUGGGCAAUGAUCGAGCGGAUCACUUUCAUUGAUGCAGAGUCCAAACGUGAACUGCUGGGCACCUACGUCCGGCAGGGCACUGACAUUGUACCUGUUGGGGAGGCACUUUUGGAAAAUCCUAAGAUGGUUCUGCACAUCCCUCAGAAGGCCAGGAGCUCCAUGUCUGAGGGGGUUAAGAAACUCCUACAGGACAUGCUUGCAGUCAACCCUCAGGACCGACCAGACGCCUUCCAGCUGGAGGUGCGAAUGGACCAAGUCACAUGUGCAUCGUGACAGCCCCCACCUUGCCAAUUCUUCUUCUUUUUUUACCCCGACGAGUCAAAGAAGGGACCCCUUUCCUUCCCAGCUUUGUUUACUUCGUGGACUGGACCCCAGAGAAAAAGAGACUGUGAAGAAUCCACAAUCAUAUUUUGAGUGGGAAGAGAUCGACUGGCUGAUGAUUCCAAAACCCGGUGAUGGGAACAAUAUGCAAAUGAGAC